CGCACAGGCGAUCUGGUGGGAGGUCGUCGCCUGUGCUCGUGUGGGGGGAGGGGGGUGCUAGUCUGAACUCCACAGCCUUUCAGGAUCUGAGUCUGCCUUGUCAGAGCUUCCUAGGCGGGCUCCGGUGGCCUCCUCCAAGGUCCGUGCGGCGGGGCGAGGAAACAGACAUUCAGCUGUGGUGCAGCACAUGGAAGUUUUCUCCCUGGACUGUCAUUUCAUUUCUAGCACAUGUCCUUCAUUUCUUUGGCUCUGAUGACCCCACACUUCAGGCUGCAGCGAGGUGACUGCAUCUGCAAAAACCCUCUGAAUAGCUAAAAGCUGAAUUUCUGUGGCAGCAACCUGAGCCUCAGCAGGCUACCUUCAGGAAGAAAUGAGUUUAAAACCCUUCACUUACCCAUUUCCAGAGACAAGGUUCCUGCAUACAGGGUCCAUUGUGUACAAGUUCAAAAUCAGAUAUGGCGACAGCAUCAGAGGAGAAGAGAUGGAAAAUAAGGAAACCAUCAUCCAGGAGCUGGAGGAUUCUAUCCGUGCAGUCUUGGCAAACAUGGACAACCUGCAGCCAUUUGUUACAGAGCACUUCAUUGUGUUUCCCUAUAAAAGCAAGUGGGAGAGAGUCUCCCAUCUGAAAUUUAAACAUGGAGACAUCAUCUUGGCUCCCUACCCGUUCAUUUUCACCCUGUAUGUGGAGAUGAAAUGGCUCAGUGACAACUGGUUGCCUGGGAAACGAACACACGACAUUCCUCUUGAGUUGAUCCUAGCUGAGCACAAAGCAGAAGAAGCUGUAAUGAGGAAACGAAAACUCACAGAGGAGCCCAGUUCCCCUGGAAGACCAGGGCCACACAGGGCCAAGAUGGAGACUGCCAGCCAAGCCUCCAGGAAUAAGAAGUGCCAUAUGAACACCAGGAGGGGAAGCAGCAAAAUGGAGGCUUCAAGGCUCUUGACAGCACCUGCUCUGUUACAGAGCCAAGACGGAGAACCCCAGCAGAAACACCAGGAUAUUGCAGUUUCUGAUGCCACUGAAGCCCAGGAACAUGGUUCUAAGUGCAGACAUGGCCUGCCAGGGCCAGUUGUCCCACCCCUGCAGCAAGGCAGCUCUUCACCCAAAGAGCUGGGAACCAGUGGCUUCUUUGGGUUUCUAAGCUCUCUCUUCCCGUUUCGGCAUUUCUUCAGGAAGAGCAGUCAAUGAACCUCCCAGGCACAGCACACCACCGCAGCAGAAAAAGAUCUUCAAUGACUCGUCCCAAGCCAUUCAGUCCUUUACUUUCUUUUCUUUAUUUUUGAGACAAGCUGUAUUGCUAUGUGGCCCAGGCUGGUGUCAAGCUCUCCAUCUUUCUACCUUAGUUAGGCUGUGAUUACAAGUGUGCAUCACCACACCAUCCUUUUCUUAUGACUCCUGGGGAUAGGGGCACUAGGCUGAGUCCUUGUGUGUGUUUAUUCUGCCCUUUUCCUUUGUUUAUUUCCUGUUUAACAUCCUAAAACCUGGGCUAGAGAGAUGGCUCAGCAAUUCAGAGUGUAUAGUGCUCUUGCAGAUAAUCUAAGUUUGGGUCCCAGCACCCACAGCAAGCAGUCUACAAACAUCUGUGACUCCAGCGCCAUCUUCUGGAUUCCACAGACACCUGCAUACACAUGCACAUACCCACACACAUACACACAGAAAUAAAAUAUAAAUCUUUUGUUGUUGUUUUGAAACAGGGUCUCCCUGUAGCCCCAGUUGG